AUGGUCCAUCUUUUACACUGGCUAGAAAUUAUAAGCUUGAUGGGAACUGUAAACCAUGCUGCUCAACUACUAUUGUUAGCUGCAAAUUGGAGCAAGGUUCCAAAACCUAGCUUAUCAGACUUUGCAAAAGAUGCAAAUAGAUUUGUCAUGGAAUUUUUGGAACCAAUAUCUGAUGCAGCACCACAUAUUUAUUUGUCAGCACUGCCAUUUGCUCCACAGAGUUCAAAGAUCUCUUUGCAUUUUCUGAAGUUAUUUCAGAAGACAUUGACUGUGCAGAUUGGUCAAAGAGAACAUUGGUCAGAGAAAUGUUUCCUCAGACUUGUGGGCCAUGAUGAUUAUGUUACUUCAGUUGCAUUUUCUCCUGAUGGCAGGCACAUUGUCUCUGGAUCUGAUGACAAGACAGUGAGAGUGUGGGAUGCUCAAACAGGUCAGAGUGUCAUGGAUCCUCUCAAAGGCCAUGAUGAUUAUGUUACUUCAGUUGCAUUUUCUCCUGAUGGCAGGCACAUUGUCUCUGGAUCUGAGGACAAGACAGUCAGAGUGUGGGAUGCUCAAACAGGUCAGAGUGUCAUGGAUCCUCUCAAAGGCCAUGAUGAUUGGGUUACUUCAGUUGCAUUUUCUUCUGAUGGCAGGCACAUUGUCUCUGGAUCUGACCACAAGACAGUCAGAGUGUGGGAUGCUUGUGACUUCUAUGAUAUACCACUGUUAAAGUUCUGCCAUUAUGAUCGAAAUUGGAUCAUGCUCCCAGAUAAUGCACAUCUCCUCUGGCUGCCAGACCAAAAUAAAUCUGGUUUGUUCUGGCCAAGAACAACUGCUUUGAUUGGUGCCAUUCCAAUCUCACUUCAGUUUAACAACUUUGUUCAUGGCAUAAACUGGAGCCAGUGUCUUUCUUCAUUAUGUAAUCCCAUUUAA